AAGUCGACCGCCCCGCCGCGGCAAAGCAGCUUGCAAAGCCUGAAAGGCCUCAGAAGGAUCCGGGGCAGUGCGGAGGAGUUGAAGGAGCCGAGUCUCCUCUUCAUCUCCCCCUGACAAACCGCCUCCAGACUCAGACCAGCUGCUUGAGACUGCCUCCGAGGGCAUCAAGAGGGCCGAGGCCAGAGGCGAAGUUGUAGUGGGGCAGGAACCGUGGUCCCCCGCAGCUCCACGGAAGUAGUAGUUUUUCUCUCCUCUCAUAAUGCCCCCAACUCGACUAUCAUCAGUCUCUGGGGCGGAAGGACGACUGCGGCUCUGGAGCCGAUAGGUAGAGAGGACUGGAAAGGGCGGCAGCAGAAGCAGCGCGGAGGGGGCAGCCGCCAUGCAGGGUUGUCAGGUGGUGGUGGUUGGAAGAAACCAUUGCCGUCUCCAAAGGGCUCGAUGGAGCCCAGACUUCCAGAUCCUCUCCAAGCCCCAAGCUGCAGAAGAGGUAAAAGAACAGCUUCAGCCUGCCGCCAGGCCGCCCCCAACUCCGGGAGGCAGCCUCUGGCAAAAUGGCCCCCGUCUGAGCACUAGACCCCACAGCCGCCACCGGGCGUAACCAAGGGUACCACGUGACCAAACCGAUUGCUUCCAUGGUGAUGUACCCAGCGCGGACCUCUUGACCCGGAAAUCCACUUGCCGUGAUGAAUGCUGGGUUAUGUAGUCCACGUCAGGUGUUGAGACUAGGCCAAAGUCUCCUGGAAGAGGAAGUCAGAACGUUGUAAACGUAACUACAGCGGAGAAGGGAGAAGGGGUGAAGACAUUUGACGGAUGUGACGCUUUCCUUGCUCUGGGCGGAAGUUGCCCGCCCCACCCGUAAGAGUUAGGGUUUGACCGGAGCUAGUGAGGAUCCAGCCCAGGCUCCAGUUGUCCGCGGCUCAUCCUCCUGUCGCUGCCCGUGUGAUUACUGGGACUCAGGUAUUUUCCUUUUGCUGUCCUCCAGCGGUGCAGGCUUUGGCAGUGUUUUGCCCGAAUGCCACUGGUGCUAGAGUAAGAGGCAAAGGACUGAGCGGAGCAGGUGGAAAGAGAGGCGACAUCUUCUUGUGCAGGGCUCGUCACCCUUGUAAACGCGUUACUCUCUACCACCCUGAGUAACUGCGAUCCUUUCCUCUUGCCAUCUGCUUAUCAGGACAGAAGAUCUGGACCACGGCCAAGCUCACAAAUCGGAUGGACCACACAUCCCCGACCUACAUGCUUGCUAACUUAACCCACUUGCAUUCUGAACAACUUCUGCAGGGCUUGAAUCUUCUUCGCCAACAUCACGAACUCUGUGACAUCAUUCUUCGAGUAGGUGAUGUUAAAAUUCAUGCUCACAAAGUGGUACUUGCCAGCGUCAGCCCGUAUUUCAAAGCUAUGUUCACUGGAAACCUUUCUGAAAAAGAGAACAGUGAGGUUGAGUUUCAAUGCAUUGAUGAAACUGCUCUCCAGGCCAUUGUGGAGUAUGCCUAUACAGGGACUGUUUUUAUUUCUCAGGACACAGUUGAAUCUCUCCUGCCAGCAGCAAACCUACUCCAGAUAAAACUUGUCCUGAAAGAAUGUUGUGCAUUUCUUGAAAGCCAACUUGAUCCUGGUAAUUGUAUUGGAAUUUCUCGUUUUGCAGAAACGUAUGGUUGCCGUGACCUUUAUUUGGCAGCCACUAAAUACAUAUGCCAGAAUUUUGAAGCUGUUUGCCAGACUGAAGAGUUUUUUGAGCUUACACAUGCUGACUUGGAUGAAAUUGUUUCCAAUGACUGUUUGAAUGUAGCUACCGAAGAGACUGUUUUUUAUGCAUUAGAGUCUUGGAUCAAGUAUGAUGUACAAGAACGCCAGAAAUACUUAGCACAGUUACUAAACAGUGUACGAUUACCAUUGUUGAGUGUUAAGUUUCUCACUAGACUAUAUGAAGCAAAUCAUCUUAUUCGUGAUGAUCGCACUUGUAAACAUCUUUUGAACGAAGCCCUAAAGUACCACUUUAUGCCUGAACAUAGACUCUCUCAUCAGACAGUCUUGAUGACACGACCUCGCUGUGCUCCCAAAGUACUUUGUGCAGUAGGAGGGAAAUCUGGACUCUUUGCCUGUUUGGAUAGUGUGGAGAUGUACUUUCCUCAGAAUGACUCUUGGAUUGGUUUGGCACCCCUAAACAUUCCUCGCUAUGAAUUUGGAAUAUGCGUUUUAGACCAAAAAGUAUAUGUUAUAGGUGGUAUUGCAACUAAUGUGCGUCCUGGCGUCACUAUCAGAAAACAUGAAAAUUCAGUAGAAUGCUGGAAUCCUGAUACAAAUACUUGGACUUCUCUAGAGAGAAUGAAUGAAAGCCGAAGUACUCUUGGAGUAGUAGUACUUGCAGGAGAACUUUAUGCCUUAGGUGGUUAUGAUGGACAAUCUUAUUUACAAUCUGUAGAGAAGUACAUUCCCAAAAUAAGAAAAUGGCAACCUGUGGCACCAAUGACGACAACAAGAAGUUGUUUUGCUGCAGCAGUAUUGGAUGGAAUGAUAUAUGCCAUUGGUGGGUAUGGUCCUGCCCACAUGAACAGUGUGGAGCGUUAUGAUCCAAGUAAGGACUCCUGGGAGAUGGUUGCAUCCAUGGCAGAUAAAAGGAUUCACUUUGGCGUGGGUGUCAUGCUAGGCUUUAUUUUUGUGGUGGGUGGACAUAAUGGAGUCUCACAUUUGUCCAGCAUUGAAAGAUAUGAUCCUCAUCAAAAUCAGUGGACUGUGUGUAGACCAAUGAAAGAACCUAGAACAGGAGUUGGUGCUGCUGUAAUUGAUAACUACCUUUAUGUCGUCGGUGGUCAUUCAGGGUCUUCCUAUCUGAAUACAGUGCAGAAAUAUGAUCCUAUCUCAGAUACGUGGCUGGAUUCAGCUGGCAUGAUAUACUGUCGCUGCAACUUUGGGUUAACUGCACUUUGACAAAUGUGAACUCUCGGAAAUAGUAUGGUGGUGAAACUUGUACUGCAUGAACAUCCGGAUGGCCCAGUUUUCUGAAACCCACAAGCUGCAUUGCUUUCUUUUUAACUUGAAGUAGCAUGAAGACUCAAAAGUUUUGCUGGGUACUUUUAAUUGACAAGUAGUUUUGGUUGCUCUUGAUUACACAGUAAAUCAAUAAUCAAAAAGAAAAAAGAGAAAAAAAAAAGUAAAGACUUUGCCAGUUGAAUUGUGCACUUUUUCCCCCAAGACUGAGAUGUACUAGUUUUAUGUUCAUAAGUGUACAUGUAGACAAAACGUUGCUGCUUUUUUUUUUUUUUUUUUAAUUUUAGCUCUCCUUCCCUGAUAACCAUGAUUUUCUAGGAUGAGCGAUGCUUUAGGUGCUGGAGUGUAUUGAAUGAAUGGACAGAGUGCUGAUACUGCUUCUUGGAUGUAAAUGCUUCACAUUUUUCAUUUGUUUUAAAACAAACAAAGGGCUGCUUUUUAUUUUGGUACUUUUAAAGGUUGUAAAUAACAUGCCAAUAGGUAGUCAUCUGAAUACUUUCCUGCUAAAUGGUUUUAGGGCUACGGAUGUAAUAAAUUUUUAAGACAAUUGCUUUUAUUAUCAUGAUAUUUGGGGCCCUAUUUUAGGAAAUCAAAUAUUUACUGUUUAUGCCUUUUGUAUAUGGGCAGGUUAACGUUGGAUGAAUUUAAUUACCUAUCUAUGCUAUGGUUAGCAUGGAUAGGAGUUUAAGCAUAUCAGGUGUUUCAGUUUUUCUUCAGUAGUACAGCAGGCCUCCCAGUGCUGAUGUAAAUAUUUGAGCAGUGUUUAGUACCAUUCUUAGUGCAUAUUAAUUUUUUUCAUAUAUCCUUAUAAUUUUAGUUUUUUAAGAUCUUUGCUUUUUCAAAGUGUUCAGAUAUAAAAUGGUGCUAACUGUAGGAUUUAUAACAAGGCUAUAACUGAUGUCCUUUUGGAUGUUCAGUAUGAGAUAUGCAUGACAUGUUUUGAUAGUCUUUUGCAUUUUUAAUGGCUUGAUUCAUUUGUGCUUAUUAAAAAUGUUAGUGAUUACGCUAAUGUUAGCAUCCAAAAAUCAUCAGAAUGGCCUGUGUUAUGCUUUUCAUGGUUCCUGAAUAGUGAUUUAAAGAAAGUUACGCUUUUGAUCUUCUUUCUUCUUGUGCUAGAUAUUACAUGUCUGUCUUAAAAACAGAAAUAUAUGCAUUAAAUAUAAAGCACUAGGCAGUUAUGCAUUACUUUGUACAUUUCUUAGGUAACUGAAUAUUUUAAGGUUAUUAAGGAAAACUGGAACUCGAUGUUUACUUGAGUAAUGGUUCUAAGUUGAGUUCUACUUUGAUUAAAGAAAUGAUCUUUUAAAGCAAAAUUAUUUGCUGUAGCCAGUGACAGCUUAUUUAAAGAAAGUGGUUAACUUAUUUGAUUUUAGCAUGUCUUAGUAAAUGUCUGUUAGUCUUAAACACAUUCACUUGCAUUUUAUUAUGAUGUCGGUACUUGUAUUUUGGAACUGUAGUCAUUUGAUUUUCUUUUCCUUGAUUUUUUUUUAAAACUGUCUGCGAUCUCCUUAUAAAGUCUCCGCAAGAUAAUUUUUCCUAAGAAAAAAAUUCAUAUUAUAUUUUUAAGUGCCAUAAUGUUCUAGACUAUUGUUAAGAAGCCAUUUGUAAUUAUAAAACAUAGGUUCAUUUGUUGGUAUAUAUGUUUAUUUCUUGAACACUAUAGCCGGGCAAUUUACAGUUCUUUGUUCUUCCAUAAACUGCCAGUUGUAGAUUUGAAUAUAUACUACAAAACUAUGUAAAAUCAUUUUUAAUCUUAAAUGUAGUAUCAUGCUUUAUGAAUAUUUGCACAGAUUAUAAAACCUUGCAAGUGAUUUUUAGUCUCUUCUAAUUUAGAACUCAACAGGAGCAACUAAUAACAAUUGAUAGUCUGAGUAUUUUCUAUGUUGCUUGUCUGAAUAACAUAAUAAUAUAUAGCAAUAACUUUUUCAUUGAUUUGAAUAAAUCUAUUGCAUAGAAAUAGGUGCACUAUUGUAGUUGGCCCAGACUUUAUUUAAAGAAAAGCAGUUUAAAAUAGAUUCAUCACAUAUUUAGUUUUAAAUCCCCAAUUCAGUUUUCUUUGUUUAUAGCAAUCAAAUUAUUAAAUAUAUCCUAUUAUACUAUUUUUAAUCCCCUAUUCCCAAAAGAUAAGGGAAUUUGAAAGACUGUGGAAAAUGAUUUUAGGAUGGGCGCAGUGGCUCACGCCUGUAAUCCCAGCACUUGGAGAGGCCAAGGCAGGUAUAUCACCUGAGGUCAGGAGUUCGAGACCAGCCUGGCCAACAUGGUGAAACCCCGUCUCUACUAAAAAUACAAAAAAUUAGCUGGGCGUUGUGGCAGGUACCUGUAAUCCCAGCUACUUGGGAGGCUGAGGCAGGAGAAUCACUUGAACCCAGGAGGCAGAGGUUGCAGUGAGCCGAGCUUGCACCAUUGCACUCCAGCCUGGGCAACAAGAGUGAAACUCCACCUCAAAAAAAAAAGAAAAUGAUUUUAAUUAUAAACACAUCUAUUCUAUACAUUGUAUUUUAACAAUAUUUUACUCAUGUAUCAUCUCCACUAUCAAAUUAGUGUAUAAUCAUUUGGUAAAUUAGAUCAAAAACAUAUACUGGUCAUUGUUUUUGAAAAAUCUAAAUUUCAUCUUGGUGAAGACUAAAUGUGAAAUAUCUUGGGCAGUAGUAGUGGGAGCCAUACACCAGUGAACAAAUUAUGAAAAUCUGUGAAAGGAAGAGGAAAAAUGUUCAAAAUUUAGAAGUAUAUUUAUUUUAGGAUUGCUUAACCUACUGUAUUAUUCGUAACAACCAGAGCUACUAAUCUGACCUGACAACUAAUAUGUUUACAUUAGCGCCUUCUUUUACAAAUUUGUGAGAAGUUUCAUUAUGAACACUCUACUGACAAAUUGUGAAUUUAAAGCCACAUGUUUCUAUGUUAAAAAGGAUCAAAAUGUUUGGUUAUAAAUCCUCAGGAUUAAAAGUAUUAGAAAUAAUUAUACAUAUUCAGGCAAGAAGAGAAAAGCUAUUUAAGAUUUCCCAGAAAUAUUUUGGAAAAGAGCAGCAUUGGGGAAUAGAAAUUAAUGUAAUCAGUUGCAAGAUACUUGCCUUCUAUAAUUAUAACAACUUAAUCUGUUAGGCACCUUUGGCUAUUCAAUAAUCAUUGGAUGUUGUAAUAGAAUGUAAGUGGCUUUUAAUGUAGCUCCAAGGAUAUUUAUAAAUUCUGUGUUAUUGCUGUUAUUGUUUUAAAUAUGAGUGAAUAUUAAAUUAUAGGAAGUGGUAUCAAGUGAUAGGAAAAUGGCAUUAGGUUUUGAAAUUUUAUUUUGAUAAUUUAACACAUAUGGAGGGUUUGCUAUAUGUAUGAGAUAUUCUGUUAGAUGCUGUGGGAGCUAGAGAGAUAUACUCUUUUUCACUCAAAGAGAGUAAAAUAUAGUGGGAGAGACCCUAAUAACUAUUUUGGUGAAGGAUGAAUCUAAUUCCUUAUCUCUGACAUCAUAAGAAGUGAUUAGAGACCCAGUUUAUGCAUAAGCAAUUCCUUAGUGUCCAAUUAGGUUUUAUUGGCAUGAAAAAGAAAUAUUAAAAAACCUAAUAUUUAUAGAACUCCAAAUCUCCUAGAAUUGGAUAAUGUAUUUUCUAGUAAGAAAACUAUAGAAAUUUUAAAUAUAUAUAUUUCCUGUAGUAUCAAGACUCUGGCUGACAUUGAGAGAAAUAUAUGUACAUGUUGUGUUUAUUUUCAGUUUUGGUGUUGGAUUCCUGGUAUUGUCACCUAAGUGCUCAUUUUCAGGAAAAUCAGAUUCUACAAUAAACACUUACUGCUUAAAGUUCAGUAAACUUGUGAUAACCUCAUAACCUCUGUAGUCUAAAAGUUAAGGAAUUAUAAGAUGUCACAUGUCAAGUUAACAUCCAGUUCUACUUCUUAACCUUUUUUCCCUUUGUAAACAGCACUUUAAUUAGACAUGAUUUAAUUAGAUAACAAUUAUUCCAUGGCUGGAUAUGUACUGGAUUUUCACUUACAGUACAUUGAUUUGGUGUUGAUACACAUUUGAAAAGAGUGAGGAAUACAAUACAUUUUUAAUACAAUAGGUUUACAAAUUUUCCUACUGGUGUGAAUAUGGAGUCAAAUAAAAAUCCAGUUUACAUCUCUGCAGAGAGAAAAAUUGUUAUCCAUAUGUCUUUUAUAUUAUACAUCUUUACUAGAGAUAACUUAUUGUUAAUUUUGUCAAGUUAUCAUGUGUAAGUCCCAUUUAUUUUUAAAUACUAAGCAAAAAGUUCCAAGUUUGCCUUAAAAUACAAGUGAAGUUAAAGAACUGGAUGAUAAUGCCUAUAUUUUUGCCUUAUGAAUUGUGCUGUGUAUUAUAAACCAGCAACAGUUUUGAUUUUAACAGGAUUCUGAAAUUUUGUAGCUGUAGAGUACUAAUAUUUGUACUCUCUUGCAAAGAAUGUGAUCUAGUUGUGGAUUAUGUUAGUUUAAAUGUUUUUGUAUAUGUAUUUUACCUCUGAACAUGUACCUUUUUAGCAUCAGGGUUUUAUUUUAUUUAUGUUUACAUACUAAAGUGUCAUUUAACUAGUUAAGAAUUGUAUUCUUUUUUAUUUUAAAGGUUAUUUGUGUGUAUUAUUGUGGUAAUGUUCUGUAAUUAUUAUGGUUAAAUUUCAUUUAAUGUAAAAUGUUUAAAAUAAAAAUGAAAAAUCUA